UGGUAAAAUCGCAGUCGUGUUUGGUAAAAUCCCCUUUUUGUGGCAAAUUAGUUACAACAACGUGCGCGGCAAUCAACGAACAACAACGUGCAUGCCACCAGUUGUUACCACAAAGCACACCGAGCAGUUGCGGUUACGAGCCGGCCGGAUCACCCUGCCAACAGAGGGAUAACACAACACAACACAGCAUAGUCAAACGACGCGCGCCACAUCGUUGGGGAGUGCAGUUGAAUUGCAGCGGGACCGCGCAUGCAGGCCAUUUCCACCUGGACCCGUGCGUGUGCAUCUGCGUGUGCGUUUGCAGGUCCUCGAUUCCGCGCUGUGAUCCCGCUCAAGCGGCUGCCGAAGACACGCGCCCUCAUCGACGCUCCACUGCACUCAUUAUCAUCAACUACUGCAAGUCGUCCAAGUUCCACCUUCACCAUGAGCGCCGUCUCCUAUCUUCAGAUUGUCGCUGGGUCCUGUGACACUGGACCCUCUGCUUUUAUCUUCACUGAUGAUCGAAGGUAUCUCUUCAACACGGGCGAAGGCAUCCAGCGCUUCUGUAUGGAGCACAAGAUUCGCCUGAAGCAAGUCACGGACAUCUUCUUCACAAAGAGCAGCUGGGAGUGCAUCGGCGGCCUUCCAGGCAUGCUGCUGACAAUGCAGGACAUGUACCAGGUGUCGCAUCCAGUGGCCCUGCACGCCCCACCGCACCUCAGCACCAUGCUUGAGGGCACCAAGACGUUUAUGCAGCACCGCUCCAGCCUCUACCGUGAGUUUCGCGAGUACACAGACCCCGUCUCGGAGUUUGAUGACGGGCGCUUGCGCAUGAAAAUCUUCACGAUUCACGCGCGCGACCAAACCCCAGCGCUGCACCCGCACGUCAUCUCUGCGCUCAAGCAGCAGAAGUACAUGGAGCAAGCAGCGCCGCCCGUCAGCCAGAACAUUGGCGCCGAGUUUGACCACCACGCCACGCACGAACCGCACACCUUGCCCGCCAAGAAGGUUCGUCUCCAACCCAAACAAGACCAAUCACCAGGUCAACAGCAGCAGCAGCAGCAGCAGCAGCAGCAGCCGUCAGCUGGGAACGGCCACGACGCAGCACGGCAGCGCACGCCAUCGCCCAUUUCGUCUCGAUUGGAGUCUGCAUCGCCACCACCACACCCGGCACCACAGCUCACGCUCGUGCCGCCAACAGCAGAGGAGACGCUCGCCGCUGCGGAGAGCACGCGCGACACGGCGCUGGCGUACGUGGGCUCGCUCGUCAAUCCGCGGCCAGGCAAGUUCAACGUGCAAAAGGCCAAGGCAGCAGGCGUGCCAAAGGGGCCACUCUGGGGGCAGCUUGGCAAGGGCAACGAAGUGACGCUGGAUGACGGACGUGUGGUGAAGCCUGAAGAUGUGCUUGAUCCCGUGGACCCGCUCCCCCAUUUUGCCAUUGUCCACAUCCCAACACGCGCGGCACUGGAGGCCACCAUUGCCCGCAGCGAGCUGUUUGAUGCCUUCCGCGCAAUGCCCAGCAGCAUGCCAAAGGUGGUGCAUUUCACCUCGCAGGCGCUGGCGCAGACGGACGCAUAUGCGCAACUCUUGCAACAGUUUGGCCCCAACGUCACCCACGUCUUUGUUGACCCGCAGCACAACCCGCACGCCACCACCAUCUCCUCAACAAAGCUGCAGUACAUGCUACAAACGAUUGGGCCGACACCGUUUGCCAUGGCGCCUGUUCCAUCCACCGUCCCGGAACUGACCGUGCCACACGCGCUGCCAGACAACUGCAGCGUGGUGUCUGCACAGCCGCUGUAUCGCGUGUUUCUCUCCAAGCGGCGGGACGGCCUCCUCACGGACGCCACAACCUGCCUACCCAUCGUCUCCCCUGAAGAGUGCAGAGAAACAGUCAUGGCGCUGCCUGACAUGCAACGGCUCCUGCCACAACAAAAUGAACAUGCACAAGCACCACCACCAACAACAGCACCACCAACGACAACAACACCCGCAAAAGCACCACCAACAACGACAACAACAGCAACAGCAACAGCGUCCGGGACAGGUGGUGAUUCACUGGCUGCACUCCGCCCUGAUGAGCGUGUGCUGCAUUUCAUGGGCACUGGAUCCGCGGUCCCGUCGCAAUUGCGUAAUGUCACGGGCAUGCUGCUGACGCGCGGAAUUUGGGUGGACAGCGACGGCGCCACGACCGUGAACAAGGACGUGGCUGCAUCGAUGCUGCUGGACUGCGGCGAAGGCUCGCUCAGCCAACUCCAGCGCAAGUUUGGUGCAGAGCACAUGCCCGCGGUGCUGCGGUCGCUUCGCCUCGUGCACAUCUCGCACAUGCACGCAGACCACCACCUUGGGCUCACGCGUGUGCUUGCGCGGCGCCGUGAAGCGUUUGCUGCUGUUGGCGUGGACGACCCGCCGCCCGUCGUUGUUGUCGCCCCGCAUUUUCUGUGGCUGUUCAUGCGCUACACGGCCCACCUCUCCUGCGCCACCGCCGUGUUCCUCGAUGCACGUUGGACACGUUUUGCGCACUGGCAGCUGCCGCGCUUCGUGCCGCCCCACGUCAAGGACGCAUAUGCACGGGCGAUGGCGGGCAUGGGCCUGCGUGCGCUCGCAACACCUGCAGUCAAGCACUGCUUCGCUGCCUACGGGCUUGUGCUUGACUUUGACGACGGGUACCGGUUUGCGUGGUCCGGGGACACGCGCCCGUGCAAGUCGAUGGUUGGCGCGGGGAAAGGGGCGGACGUGCUUGUGCACGAGGCGACGUUUGAGGACGGGCUGGAGGACCAGGCGGUGCAGAAGAACCACAGCACAACCAGCGACGCCGUGACCGUGGCGCAGCAGAUGGGCGCCAAGAUGCUCAUCCUCACGCAUUUUUCGCAGCGGUAUCCGCAGAUCCCUGUUCUCGACGCCAAGAGCCGCGAGCACACGGCGUUUGGGUUUGACCUGAUGAGCGUGGUGCUGCGGAGGGCGAAGGAGCUGACAGCCAUGACGCCGGCUAUCGACCACAUGUUCACGGCGCUAAAGCCCGAAGAGGAGGAGGAGGAGGGUGAUGAUGAUGGCGAUAUCGAAACGAUUGGUGGUGCGGACGGCAAUGCCAAAGGGAAAGGGGAGAAGAAGGGGAAGGACAAGGUGAAGGCGAAGGUGAAGGGCAAUGGGAAAGGUGGAGGUGUGAAGGUGGAUGAUGUUGCUCGUGGAAGGAAGCAGCAGAAGCAGAAGCAGCCGAAGGAGAGCAAGCAGACAGCUGCGGUGAAGGAGGUCAGGACUGAUGCUGACCAACAACAAGCAUCGUAGCAGCUUGGAUUGUGUGUGCGUGUGUUUGUUUGUUUGUGUGUGGGUGUGGGUGUUUGUUUGUUUGUUUGUUUGUGUGUGUGUGUGUGUGUGGAUGUGCGCUUGUUUGUGGAGUUGUGUGUGGCUGCUUGGCUUUGUUUGUUUGUGUGCAUACACAUGAACGUUCACUCUUGGAGCGAGCUGAUUUGGAGUUGAGCUGUACAUUUGCACGUUUUGAAUGGAUGAAGCACAGAUCCAAAGAAGAAAGGCAGCACGGAAAGAGGUGAAGCACGAAAUAGAAAAAGAAGGG